AUGCCCUUUAACACCUUCAGCGUCGCGACGGCCGUCACGCCCUCCGUCAUCGAGACCUACUUCUCCCACUACCUGAACCGACGACCCCUCAAACAGAAACCCACCGCCCACAUCUCCUACCAUGAGGGUCUGCGCCUGAUCCGGCAGUUUCUCGACUACAGCUCCAAACACUCCAUCGAAGACCUCCAAGCCUUCACCUCGCAAUGGGUCCCAGCGCCAACCUGGGUCCGCCUCCAGGACUGCGAGGUCCCACCGCAAUUUCUCCAGCGCUCCGCCAAUGUCCUGCGCAAGCAGCUCGGAAGCAACGGUCUCGAAAAGGUGGGAGGUUCGAAAUGGUGGACGUGGAGACGCAGCGAGAGUCCGCUGCAUGCCGAGUGGAUUGAGAUGAAGAAGGACUACAACGAGCGGAAACGGGCUGGCACGAAAUGCGAUCGUGUCAUUCUUUAUAUCCAUGGCGGCGCGUACUACUUUGGGUCCGUGGACGAGCAUCGAUAUCAGAUGCAGCGACACGCGCGGAAGCUCAAGGCCAGACUCCUCGCUCCGCGAUACAGGCUUGCGCCGCAGUUUCCUUUUCCUUGUGGACUUUACGAUUGCAUAGCGACGUACUUUUAUCUGCUUGAGCACUUUGAGCCGAAUCAGAUCCUGUUUGCGGGAGAUUCUGCUGGUGGUGGUAUGGUGCUGGGUAUGCUCGUGGUUUUGCGAGAUCAAGGAUGUCCUCUCCCAGCUGGGACGAUUCUUCUUUCGCCUUGGGUCGAUCUAACGCAUUCCUUCCCGUCAACAUCGGGAGAUGGUGUUGGAGACUAUAUCCCUCCGCAUGGCUUUCACCACAAACCUUCAAUGGCUUGGCCUCCACCGGCAUCGACAGAGGAGAAGAUGAAGAAGGUGGAGCGGAAGUUCACACAACCCAUUGAUCAGCCGUUCGAAGUUGUCGAGUUGCCAGCUACAGUAGAGUCUGGAGCUGUGAGCACAAAAGCGAGUCGAGACAACCUUCGCGAAGCUGCAGAAGCCUCACAAGAGAAGUCCAAGGAUCUCAAUCAGCUUCCCGGAUUCGGCGAGAAACUCGAAAUCGAGUUUGACAACAAGCUGGUCCAGAUUCGGGAGCAGAUUCAGAUGUACUCAACAAACGAGCUCUUGACACAUCCACUGGUCUCGCCAGUCCAGCAACCAUCACUCGGUGGGCUUCCACCGAUGUUGAUUCAAGUGGGUGGAGCGGAGUUGCUGCGAGACGAACAGAUCUACCUUGCGCAUAAAGCGGCGAACCCGAGGCAGUACGUGCCCAGCGAGGCGGUCAUGAAUGAAUACGAUCCUCAGCGGAUUGUCUUGAACCAAUAUCCUCCAACGGAUGUCCAACUUCAAGUCUGGGAAGAUCUGUGCCACGUCCCGCAUACUCUGUCAUUCACCCGGCCAGCCAAAUACAUGUAUCGGGCUGUGGCUCAAUUCGGCGCAUGGGCUCUUGCAAGGGCUCAAAAUAAGGGGAUUGAAAUCCUCGACGAUGAUGCCAUCUCUGUCAUUAGCAAUGGCUCUGAGAAUGAAGAAGAGCAAGAACAGAAUGGCAGCAACAAACCAGGUUCAGAGCGAAAAAGCGCUUACGGUGCAAUUGGCAUGGACGGUGUAACCUCCACGCAAUUCAAGUUGACUCCAGUGGGUACAGUGGGCAAGGCCGGGGAUGAGCUGCCACCUUUCAAGGAGCACAUGAUUCGACAACGUGUGAAUCGACACGGCUCAAUCUUCCCUCUACCGCACACGUCUGAGAUUGCUUGUUUGAAGAUUGAUCGCAGCACUAUCGGAACGAUAAAGCCCGGUCCGGUGAGAAAGUGGUUGGCGAAAAGAUCAGACAACGAACAGAAGUUUGCGAGCGAAUACAAAAGGAUCAUCAAGAAGCGGCAGAAGGAGAUGGGAAAUGGGUACGAUCCGAUGGAGGAAGGCGAGUAUCCACCACCGACGGCCUUGAUCAACCGCAGACGCAAGGGUGUCGCACCCGAAGAGAAGAAGAAGGGCAAGAGUUGGGGUCUGGCAAUGUGGAGUGGCUGGGGUAGUUCUCAUGAUGAGAGUACAAUCCAAAGAGAAGAGAAGGCUCUCAAUGACAAGGCUGAUGAAGCUAGCGUGGCGGAUCGCAACGGAAGUCUGGCUACCACCGCCACGACGAAGGCUGAUACUGGAGGUAGUGUGAAGACGAGUAUAGAGCGUGAAGGGCCUGCUGCGAACAAGAAUCUGGCAGUUCCAGGACAUGAGAUGGACGCUGAGGGAAAGGGAAAGAGGAGAAGAUCCAGUGCGUCGAUGUGGUCGCGGAAAGAGAGAGAGGAUUCCAGACCUCGAAGUCCGUACCGCCAGGUCAGAGACGUUGGACAAGCUGAAAGUGAACGGAAUUCGGUGGUGUCUCCGAUUUUAGGAGGCAGCGAUGGUGGCAGUCCUCAACAACCACCCAGCCGUGGUGGACUCUGGGAUGUCAGUCGCCGUUCAAGCCAAACUUCGGGGAAGCUGGCCUCCGCAACGCGUCCAGUGAGUGUUGCUGCUGCGUCCAGCCUUGCACAUCAGGCACAGCAAACCCCGCAGUCGCCGACUCUGGCUGUGGUUCCGACGAUAUCGGAUACUGGAAAAGACGCGGUAAAGGUUCCUGGUACAGAUGCAACGUACUUGAACCCCGAAAGCAGUCGGCCGCACAAUGGAACCGUCGCCUAUCCUUUCAAAUUGAAAGAUCCUCAAGGCGUUUCGGGAAGAGCAUCGCCUAACCCUUCCACGAUGACACUGGACAGCAACGAGCAGAGCGACAAAGAAUCCGCUCGCGAAUCUAUGUUGCUCCAAGCGGGUAAAAACGACGGCGUCUCGGUGGAGCCUCGAGCAGCGGAGAAACAGGGACUUGAAACAGCUCCACUCGGCACGACCCCGGUGGUGCCGCUGCAGACUGCACUUGGGCAGCCAGAAACAAAUAUCUUGGGUCGUCCUGUGAGCAUGCUCUCUGAUUCUCCCGCUCUUCGACAUUUGAAGUCUCCUGACGAAGAUCCUGUCAGUCCGAUCUCUGAUACCGCCAGCUCGUCGUUUGAGCACAGUGCCGCCGCGACAGCGACAACGACAAAUCCGUCGCAAAAGCAGAGGCACAACAAGUUUGAAUCUAGAGAUUCGAGAUUGGGAUUCUUGGGCGCUGACGGCAUGCCUACCUCUGCUUUUCCCGAGAUGCGGUCGCAACAGCCAGAGAACGGGGCAGAUGCACCAAAAGCCAUGCCGUUCAAGAUCCGCAACCCAGUCUUUGAUCCUAGAGUUGCACCACAGCCACAAGCUCCUGCUGCACCUGUAUCAGCACCAGCACCAGAGCCACAGCAACAGCCUGGCACGACGACAGAAACCGCCAAAGCGGCACCUUUCAAAAUGAGGCACACCAUCUACGAUCCAAAGAUUGCUCCACCAGGUACACAGCCACCUGGCGAGCAAGUGUCUGCAAGCAACGGUGUCAAUGGCCAUGCUGCCGGUGAAAGAGAGGUAACGCCGCCGUCAUCCAUUACUCCUCCGCUGCCUGCAACCGCAGCACAUUCUCAAGCACCGAUCACACCACCCGCCAGCGACACAGCUGGCGUCUCGCCAAUCGAGGGGACGACAUUGUCAAGCUUUCCACAGCCAGCUAACUUUUCUCAUCCGACAGUCCAACCCGCCCGCCCAAUAGCGGUUCGUCUCGACUCGAAUGGUCCCCCUCCGCCCCCUCCUCCCAAAGACGAUCCCCCAGCACCCCCGGUCGUGAAAGCUUCUCCUAGCACCGACAACCUGAACGGCAAUCGAGCGCCGAUGAUAGGCGAUUUGAGCUUUGAGAGGAAGGGCAGCGUUGGGUUUGAAGAGGUGGUGGAUGCGAAGACUGCUCUUCCUCCGGAUAAUGAAGGCGACAGAAUAUGA